GGCCGUUCCGUCAACCGUAGUUGUGUUCAGGCCUACCAUCAAAACAAUCUCUCUUCUAUUUCUAAAACCGCCGCCAUGAAGAUCGGUUUGUGCGCAUACAGUGGAUACAAAAUCUAUCCUGGUCAUGGCAAGACCAUGAUCAGGGUCGACGGAAAGUCGUACACAUUCCUGAACGCGAAAUGUGAACGUGCUCAUUUGAUGAAGAGGAAUCCACGUAAAGUAACAUGGACCGUACUCUACAGGCGCAAGCACAAGAAGGGUAUCGAAGAGGAGACCCAAAAGAAACGCACCCGCAGGACCCAAAAGUUCCAGCGUGCCAUCGUCGGCGCUUCCCUCAACGACAUCAUGGCCAAGCGUAACCAAAGGCCUGAAGUGAGGAAAGCUCAACGCGAGCAAGCCAUCAGGGCUGCCAAGGAGCAGAAGAAGGCCACCAAAGCCGCCAAGAAGGCGACUCAACCCGCCAAAGCCACCAAGCCGGCACCCAAGAGCAAGGCCAGCAAGAACGUAGCCAAGGCCGCCCCACGUGUUGGAGGAAAGCGUUAAUUUAAUCUUUUUUGAAAUAAUUACAACAAAAACAUAAUCA